UGGGACAACACGAUGCAGGCUCUGUGCCCCAGACUGACAGACAUUUUUUCUCUCCAUUGCUCUGGUUUACUACUAUUAUCAACCAACAUAAGGAUAGUUUUGUGGACAGUUCUCUGUUGCAAUAAUUCGGACUAUCAAAACACGGGCACUGAAGGGAGUCACCCACAAUCUGUUUUUGUCAAUAAAAAAAAACAUUCACAGGAGAAAUCACCGUCGUAGUUCCCCUUCGGAAACCAUUUGUCUGCUUUUCAAUUAAAUUGGGAGUCAGCGAGGCCCUAAGAACAGAAGCGUCCCAGGAUUGCACCAUGGCACAUUUGUCACAGAUAGAACAAGGGUGCCGACUGUUUUAGACCAGAGAUGCAGGUCCCCCAAUUUGGCGCUCCCGGACCUGAAACUGGUGACGGGACUGAGGAGUGGACACAAACCAAAGACCCCCUUCUCUACAGCCAGCCGUGCUGGAUGUAGCUGAAUAACAAGCUGAGGAAGAGAAAAAGAAAGAGCAUUUGAUUCUUCCGCUAUAUUCAGAGGACUGCCAUCCAUGUGGUGGUAUGAUGAGACUGUGAGUCAGGAGAAACACAAUCAGACGGGAGCGUAGUGAUAAAGGGAGAGAAAGAAAGAAAGGCAAGAAAGGUAGAGGAUUAAGGGUGCGAGGUGAGUGUCUAGGUGCCCUCCUAACCCCUAGGUGGUAGCACCAGUCAGGGCAGCAAGAUGACCAGCCUGUUCAGGCGCAGCAGCAGUAAUGGAGGCUCCAGGGGAGGUGGAGGAGGAGGGGGAGGCAGUGGUGGUUCCACCCCAGGAGAUCUCAACAACAGCCGGCCUAACCGACAAGUCCGGCGCCUGGAGUUCAACCAGGCCAUGGAGGACUUCAAGAUCAUGUUCCCCACCAUGGAUUACGAGGUCAUCGAGUGCGUCCUGCGUUCCAACAACGGGGCGGUGGACGCCACCAUCGACCAGCUCCUCCAGAUGAGUAUCGACGGAGAGGGAUCAGAUGACAGCUCUGACUCCGAUGACAGCAUCCCACCAGAGGUUCUGGAGAGGACAUUAGAACCGGACAGUUCUGACGAGGAACCGCCUCCUGUCUACUCACCGCCCACUUAUGACAUGCACAUCUAUGACAGGAAGUACCCAGAGGCCCCGCCCACUCCUCCACCAAGGUUCGAGGCUCAGCCACCUCCAGGUCACCGGCAGGUCCGCAGCUUCAGGAACUGGAAUCCGCCAUUGCUUGGCAACCUUCCAGAUGAUUUUCUGCGGAUCCUGCCACAGCAACUGGACAGUAUACAGGGCUCACAGAGCAGUCUGUCCCAGCCUUCUUCCUCCUCUCUGUCCUCCAUCGCCCAGCAGACGGCCCAGGGAGGUAUCUCCAGGCCAGGGGCUGGUGGAGCCCUAGGGGCCCCUGGAGGGCCAGGCGGUGCCGAGGGCGUGGAGGGGGCAGGCACGGAGCAAGAGCGUAAACUGAAACAGUACCUGGAUGAUGAGCGCAUCGCCCUGUUCCUCCAGAACGAGGAGUUCAUGAGGGAGCUGCAGCGCAACCGCGAGUUCCUCGUCGCCCUAGAGAGAGAUCGCUUGAAGUAUGAAUCAAAGAAAUCCAAGUCCAAUCAUUCAUCCACUCACAUGGAGAAUUCCAUAGCAGGAGAGCACUGUGCAUCAGGGUCGAUGGAGGCUUGUACUGCUGUGUCAGAUGACGCCAUGUUUAGAGACAAACUCAAACACAUGGGCAAAUCAACAAGAAAGAAGCUGUUUGAAAUCGCCAGAUCAUUCUCUGACAAGACAAAGAGAAGAAAGUUAAAAAGAAGAACGCUCCUGAAGCACCAGUCACUGGGCAUAGCCAACUCUACAGCCAACCUCCUGGAGGAUGUGGAGGGAAGCCCAGAAGAUGGCCAGCCCAGAAGAUCAGACACUCAAGAAGAUGAUGUGCCACACAAGGAGCUGUUGUCAUGAUCAUCCAAGGCUGUACCACAUCAGUGUUUCCAUGGUGACAGCAGAAUGACCCAUGGCUGGUGGCCAAGCAAUACUUCGGCUCCUCCCUCCCCUAACACAGACCAGCUAAUCCCAGGCCAAGAAGUGACAUGGGAACACCCACUCGCCCAGGGGGAGAAGAAGCAAACUGCUAUCCACACACCACCUCUCCUUAACUCUGACUGUUCAUAACCGCAUUGGAUUACCAUUAUAAUCUCUGUAUUAUAACUCUUAGUUAAUAUAUGAUUUAAUAUGUAAAGGACAGAUGCAUUAGUCUUUUGACUGUUCUGUAUUUUUUUUAAGUAUCCGCUCCCUUUAAUUCCCAUUGCAGAAGUCAUGGCAGCCUUGGUGAGGAUGACCAUAUGGACUCAUCUAGUGUUACCAGUCUAAUCUAUUUUAUAUGGCUGGGAUAGGUCACUCCUGAGCCAAAGUGUGCACCUCUGAAAUGUCCCAUAAUAAACCAUGUUCACUCCCAGUAGCCAUGUGUUGCUACGUCCAUUUGGUCAUAGUUUUAAACAGACAGUAACCAGUGAUGACGUGGCACGUUUUUAAACAUCUCAACUAGAAUCACAGCUCAAUCCAAGUUCAAUCCCAUUUUUCCUGAAAGUUCAGGAAACAGAAAAGACUUGUAAACAGAGACCCUAACAUUACAGUCAACAUUAUAGUCGACCCCCCCCUGUAAAUCUAGAGUUUCCUCUGAGCAAUUUGACACCCUUCUGCUGCACCCUAUAUACAAGAGGCAUUCCAACCUAUCAAAAUAGUCACUUGUCCCUAGCAGGUCAUAUUUCAUCCCAUAUUGUUAUGUCCAUGUGUAACUAAAUGCCAAGCUUUCCCUUUAAUCCAAUUUCAGGAAUUCUGACAAUAAACAUAAGCUUUCAUGUGAACUGAAAUAUUCCUCAAGCUACACUGACUGCCAUAUCUCAGUAUUCUCAUGUCUUUUUCAAUACAGCAUUUAUAUCUUGUUGAGAGGAAGGAGGGGUGCAUAUUGCCGAAUUCCAGUAUUAUUGAGUACACAAUAUAACUAGUUGAAAAAUUUGAUAAACAUAUAUACCAGUCAUCUGUGCACAUUGAUGAUAAACAUGUGUUUUGUUUUGUGGUGUAUUGGGAAAUGAACCACUUGUAAUGGGAAGUGUUGGGUAUGGAGAGAGCAGAGCAGGAUAUAGAUGAUGCCUCUGUGAGGACUGGCAUUGUUCUUGAUUAAAUAUGCUGUUGGAUGUAUCAGUAGAAAAGAGAAGGCUGAUGAUGACCCAGUGCUGUGAUAUGAGCUUCAACAGACAGUCGAGGUAGAUUUGAAAUCAACCCUUUGAGCAACUAGCUGAUUUGCAAGGCUUCACAUUGAUCUGUCAAUUUCCCAACUAUUGGACAUUAUUACCAGCUUCAAUCUUAUUCUGAAGCCUUCUCCCCAAAGUGUGCUCUUUGCUCACAAUCAUUAAAAAGGAAGGGAAUGACUGGUGUAGGAAAUAUAUUUUAAUGUUUUAAAAUGUAUUCGUAGGAGUGAGCAGGCCAAGUGCACUUUGGGGAGAAGGGUGGGGAAUUGGAACACACCACUCUUCCUUCUAAAACGGAUUUACAUGUAAAUGGUUGAUUUGCUACCUCUCAAAUUAUGACGUAUCCACGAUUGAAAAUUAAUAUUUUUACGAUUGAAAUUUAAGAUUGUUCAAAUCACCCAUUUACCAUUUUUUCCUUGAUUCAGGAAUGAGACAUGUUUUAACCCCUUCUCUGUCAGGGAUGUUGAUAGAAGAUCUCAUUGGUGAAAGGUCAUGUGUUGUACAUAAGGAGAAAUGUCUGUUUGUUGUACAUACAGAGAAAAUUCAAGUAUUGAUUGUGUGAAGGGAGGCUGAAACUGACCCUUUUGGUGUUCCUUUUGAAGUCUGUUGAUGUUAUGGAUUGGGUUUGGAAUUUUGCCCCUUUAGAAAAUUUCUAUGUGUUGUCAAUUUCUUGUUUGUUAGUUUUGCUCUCAGCAUUUCUCAUACAGGUCUUCACAAACUCUCAAAAAUUGAUGCCAAUAAAAUGAGUUUAUUGCCCUUGCCAUAAUGAAAACAAUUUGCCAGACUGCUAUAAUGUAACCCAAUCAUUUGUACUGUUAUUGAACAACAGAUCACUCAGCUUACUCAAACUGCCAUCAGACUAUCCAUUUACCUUCAUUAUUACUGUCAUGCUAUUCACACAUUCAUAUCUAUAUAGGUGUUUAAAAUGGGCUUUUAUAAAAAAAUAUAUAGCUUUUACUGUACCAGACUUUCAAAUGUCACCCUAUGAUAGUGGAGUGCUUUCAUUUAUUUCCAUAGAAGACAUUCUAACUCAUAUCUGCAGCAACCGAGGGAGCAUCAGUGACAAGAAGCAGGUUAUGUUUGUUUACAAUAUCCUGUGACCUUUCACCCACUGACCAGUCAGCAGGUUUAUGUCUGUUUAUUCCAACAUUGCAUGAUAUCAGUUAGUCACCAAGUGCUUGCACACCAUUGGUCUUUUGCUUAGUUUUGUUCUUUUCAGAAAAUUCUUUUGAGAAAUUAAAUGUUUUGUAUCUUCAGUUCCAGGCUUUUGAUUGACAUCUGUACAUGAGUGCAGUUUUGUUAUUGUACUGUCAAGGGCAACACUCGUCUGCAUGGUUUUGUGAUGUGAUUUCAAAAUGGAUUGAUGUUUGAUGACUGCUCAUAGAAACUUGUAGAUACGUUAUCGUCUCAGGGAAGUUUCCAUCUUCUUUCUACUGUUCUUCCAUUUCCAAUUGGUCCGACUUGGUAAACGCACAAUUAAGAAUCUAGGCCAGGAAGUUUAUUCCAUCAGAAGCUUCAAAUAUGAUUUUGGUGGCCAGACAUGAUUUCAAAUGCUGGACCUGCAUAUAGGCCUAGUUGUUGUAUGGAGAAGAGCAUACUCAAAGUCAUUUCUCACUCUAACGUUUGAACCUUUUCUGACCAAUAGACAUACAGCACCACAAAUGCUUGGUCAGUGAUUUUUGUUGUUGUUGAGAUGUUGAGACGUACAAAUUAUUUUAUUGUACUGUAUGUGUGCCAGACAGUGAUAUGCUUCAUGAUGAAUGUACAUGAAUAGAGAUGAGGCCAGUACUAGCAGACAACAUGCUUGUUUACAAUGCACUCAUGAGCCUGCAAUCUUCUAUGGCUCAUAACCCUAUCAUAAGAAUGUAUGCUAUAUUUACUUUGAAUAACUACCACCACAGAGCUGAUGGUUUUCAGCCUCUUUUGUAUUGAACUCGAUGAGAUCUGUGUGGUCUGUCCAGAAACAACCCCUAUAGCCCCUAAACCAUUUUUGUAGAUCGGUUUCUGUUUCUGGGCUGUAACCAAUCCUACCAGUCAAUGUAGGUCAAACAUAUGAAAAGGGUUGCUCAUUAUCAAAACUGAAAUACAUUUAAAGAACUUCAGAAUUUGUAUGAUUCAAAAUGUAUUUGUUUAUGUCAUAUUUUGGAAGGACAAGGUCAGAAGCCAGUUUCUCCCCACAAAAUAUGUUUAAGGUUCUUUAGGUGAUUGUUUUACUCAAAAUUGAUUUCCGGAUCAGAUUUUUCUUACACUUUAAGAAAGUUUCUUAUAGCUAUUGAAGUAAUCAAGUUGUGUUGUACCCUGUCUGAUGUGAUUGUGUUACAUUUGUAAAGAUUUAUUAACAUCCCUUUUCAUUAAAGUUGUUUCAAAU